UUAUACUAAGUGAAGAUGACAUGGAGAAGGGAUUGGACGCGGAUAGAGUUAAAGACGGAACGAAAUCAAAUGAGACGGACGAUAAACAUGGCGGCUGUCACCAGUGCUUGGUUCUCAAGGAUCGUUCGAACUGGCAAGCUGCAGAAUGCUUGUCCCAUCCAUGCCUGUUACGCGAUUCACGCGGUACAGGGUCGCGAUUACUCGUCGCAACCGAGAGUCAUCAAGAAUCCGACGACGGCCAGCCUGAAGAGAGGCACCGGCGGUCGCAGCUCGUUCAACGGGAUCGUUUGCACGGUGUUUGGAUGCAGCGGAUUCAUCGGCGGUAACCUGUCCAUUCGGCUAGGAAGGAUCGGCAGCCAACUGAUUCUCCCGUACCGAUGCGACCCUUAUCAUAUAAAGGAAUUAAAAGUAGGCGGCGAUCUGGGCCAAGUUCUGUAUCAUCCGUUUCAUCUGAAAGACGAGGAGUCGAUAAUCAGAUGCAUGAAGUACUCGAACGUCGUCGUCAAUUGUAUCGGUACGAAAAACGAAACGUCGAACUUUACCUUCAAACAGGUGCACGUCGACGGGGCCAGAAGGCUGGCCAGGCUCGCGAAAGAAUGCAACGUGGAACGUUUUAUACAGGUAUCUUGUUUGAACGUGUCCAAGGACCCUGAGCCGAUAAUGUUGAAGGAGGGCUCGAAAAUGCUGAAGACCAAGUGGGAAGGAGAGCAAGCUGUGAGGGAAGAGUUUCCCGAGGCGACCAUCGUCCGACCGUCGGUGGUGUACGGACAUCAAGACAGAUUUAUAGCGCACUAUAUGAACGACAAACGGUUGAUCUACACCAACAAGAUUCCAUUGUGGGACGCUGGAGAGAAGACCGAGAAACAACCGGUACUUAUCCACGACGUGAUCUCGGGCAUCGUGUCGAUCAUACGAAAUCCGGAUACAGCCGGGAAAACUUAUCAGUUCGUCGGCCCGAAGAGAUACACGUUGAACCACAUCGUUACGUCAUUCUACGAUCUAGCGAUGAAACAUUACGGUGAACGGAGGGUGAAGGUCAUAAACAUGAAAUAUCAUCCGUACGCUUGGUUGAAGACCAGUGUCUGGGAAUACAUUUAUACGGUACAUCCGAAGGCGGAUCUGUUGUGGGAAGUGCUAGAAUUCCACCACACCAGCGACAAGAUAGACCCCACGUUGCCGACUCUGGAAGAUUUGGGCAUCACGCCGACCACUCUCGAGUCGCAGAUAGAAUGGCAGAUCAAACCGUACGAACACUGUCGGGCCGACAUAGCGGAAUUGGAAAGGAUAACGAUGCCUAAAGUCCAGUCCGUUCCGAAAUGAUCGCUACCGUUGCGAUUAGAGUUCGCGUAAGGAAAGAAUGUUGAACGAUUCAGCUUUAAAUAAACUAAUUAGUAGACGUAUGUA